AUGCGCAGCAAGUGGCAGCCAGUAGAGCUGGUGAAACCUUUGAAAUACGAAACGCGCGACUGGAAACUGACCGGAUCAGGGCCUCUACUUCAAGAAUUGCCGAAACACCCGAAGAGCGAGACUCACGAAUUGAAAACCUGCGGGUGCGAGCGUCUACGUCAAGAGUUACCGAAACAUCUGAAGAGCGAGAUGCACGAGUUGAAAACUUGCGAGUGCGAGCUUCUACGUCAAGAGCUGCCGAAACAUCACAACAGCAUGACGUACGUGUUGAAGAUCUUCGAGCAAGAGCGUCUGCGUCAAGAGCUUCUGCAACACCAGAAGAGCGAGACACACGACGUGAAGCAGAACGCUCACGGCAGACUCGAUCAAGAACAAGAAUCGAUCUCAAGAAAGCAGCGUUCAAUUACGAUAAAGACUAUGGGGCCAAUUCCAAUGACUUGCGCCACCAACUUGGAAUUGGCCCCUGAGACUACAAAAUGCAUCGCGAUGUUGUCAUUGUUUCAAAAAGAAGCGCCUGGCAUGUGUUGCUCCAAUGGCAAAAUCAAUUUACCACCACUGACUGAACCACCAGAACCACUGCUCACUUACGUUGCUGGAGUUACUCGGGAGUCCAAACACUUUCUACAGCAUAUUCGGAAAUACAACUCAUGCUUUCAGAUGACAUCGUUUGGAGCGACGAAUAUUGUGAGAUAUAAUAAUUUUAUGCCCACAUUUAAAGUGCAAGGACAAGUGUAUCAUCAGAUUGGUUCACUCCUUCCAGUAUCCAAAGAAGAUCCGCAAUUUUUGCAAAUUUAUUUCAUGGACAAUGUGGAGAAGGAGAUUGAUCGACGAUGCGCAUUUAGUAUAGCAACAAAUCGAAAGAUUAUUGCUGAAUUACGAGCAUUAUUCCACGAGCACAACUGUUUGGUCCGAGAUUUCAAAUCCGCAUUGGAGAAUGUAAGAGCGGAUGACUUUAAACUCAUUAUCAGAGCAGACAAAACCCCAUCGAAUGAGCAUGAAAGACGCUUCAAUGCUCCAAUAGCCCCUGAAGUAGCAGCUGUAAUUGUCGGUACAGAAAUUACUCGGCGAGAUAUUGUUAUCAGCAGGCGAAAUCAAACCAAGCAACGUAUUGCUGAAACACAUCGAUCGUACGACGCACUUCAAUAUCCAAUUCUAUUUCCGCGAGGAGAAGACGGUUAUCAUCUCGAAUUGUAUCAAACUCAUCCCGUCACAGGUGCUGCGACAACGAAAAAAGUCAGUUGUAUGGAUUUUUAUGCAUAUCGCAUCGUGAUUCGAGCCGAACAAUCCAACCAUAUCUUAAAGUGUCGUCAUGUUUUUCAACAAUUCAUCGUUGAUAUGUACGCCAAAGUCGAAAGCGAACGACUCAAUUACAUUCGUUACAAUCAAUCGAAGCUUCGAGUCGAAGAUUAUAUUCAUUUGCGAGAUGCAAUCGCGAAUGAUGGAACAAUUGGUAAUAUUGGACAAACGGUUAUACUUCCAGCUUCGUAUACUGGAAGUCCAAGACAUAUGCAAGAAUAUGCUCAGGAUUCUCUGACAUAUGUUCGCAGAUAUGGACGUCUAGAUCUUUUCAUCACGUUCACGUGCAAUCCAUCUUGGUGUGAAAUCAAAGAUUUACUUUUGCCUGGCCAGCAACCAUCUGAUCGGCAUGACCUCACAGCGAGAGUUUUCAAACAAAAAUUGAUACGUUUUAUGGAUCUCAUCACUAAGAACCAUAUAUAUGGAGAAACUCGCUGUUGGAUGUAUUCCAUCGAAUGGCAGAAAAGAGGUCUACCACAUGCUCAUAUCUUAAUUUGGUUGGUUGAAAAAAUUGUUCCAACUCAAAUUGAUGAUAUCAUUACUGCUGAGCUGCCCAACGCAGAAGAAGAUCCAGAAUUAUUUGAAAUUGUGAAAAAAAAUAUGAUUCACGGACCAUGUGGGGGACACAACCCACACUCGCCAUGCAUGAAAGACGGAAAAUGCACCAAAAAGUAUCUACGCCAGCUGCUGCAAGAAACACAAACUGGUGGCGACGGUUAUCCGUUGUACAGACGACGAAAACCAGAUGAUGGAGGAUACAUCACAACUAUCAAAAUCAAUAACGUUGAUUUCGAAGUUGAUAACCGAUGGAUUGUGCCCUACUCUCCUAUCCUUUCGAAAUCAUUCAAUGCACAUAUCAACGUGGAGUCCUGUAAUUCAGUUAAGGCAAUAAAAUACAUAUGCAAAUACGUGAAUAAAGGCAGCGAUAUGGCAAUUUUCGGAAUUGCGAAUCCCAAUGCGCCCGUCAAUGAAAUCGAGCAAUUUCAAAUGGGACGUUACAUUAGCAGUAAUGAAGCUGUAUGGAGAAUUCUUGGUUUCGACAUUCAUGAACGCUUUCCUGCUGUCAUGCAUCUCAGUGUUCACUUGGAAAACGGUCAACGAGUCUACUUCACGGAAGACAACGCACCCCAACGAGUUGCAGAUCCACAAAUACAACGUUGA